GGGGCCCGUAGGGACCGCUCCGCACGGGGACCCCCCCUGCCCCUCGCUGACGCCGGAGGAGAAGGCAGGGAAAGACGGAGAAAGGAGGAAAAUCCCGGCGAAAGCCUCCCCGAAAGCGGAGCCGCGGAUAGAAGGCGGCGGCGCCGGCUGGAAAAUGCAUCUUCUUCCUCGGAGCUGCGUUCUCCUCCUCCUCCAGGGCAGCAUCGCGCUGCUGGCGUUCUGCGCUCCAGAGGACCCCGGGAAAGGAGCGGAUCCAGGCGAGCCCCGGGCCCGCGGCAGAGCCCCGAAGCUGCUGCGGGAGCUGCUCUCCCCAAAGCCCCUCCCGGGCCUGGGCCCGGCCCCGCCGCAGAACCGGAGCCUGCCGGGGCCGGGCAGCGCCUCCCGGGAGCUCGGGCUCCCGGUGAAUCGGGCCGCGUUGGAGCUCGGUCCCCGCUCACAGCGGGACCCGCGGCCGGCCCCGGGCAGGCCCCUGCAGAAGCUUUUCGCCUGGGGAGACUUUUACUCCAACAUCAAGACGGUGAAGCUGAACCUGCUGAUCACGGGCAAGGUGGUGGAUCACGGCAACGGCAGCGUGAACGUCUUCUUCCAGCACAACUCCACGGGCCACGGCAACAUCUCCGUGAGCCUCGUGCCGCCCACCAAGGCCGUGCAGUUCGACCUGGAGCAGCAGAUCUUCAUGGAGGCCAAGGAGUCCAAGGUGUUCAACUGCCGCGUGGAGUCGGAGCGGGUGGCGCGGGCGCGGAAGACGUCGCUGUGCACCUUCGACCCGGCCAAGACGUGCUCGCAGGAGCACACGCAGAGCCGCGCGGCCUGGCUGUGCUCGCAGCCCUUCCGCGCCGUCUGCGUCUACGUCACCUUCUACAGCAGCGACUACCGCCUGGUGCAGAAGGUGUGUCCCGACUACAACCGCCACAGCCAGCGGCCCUACUUCCCCUCGGGGUGAGCCCCGGGACGGAGAUUCCCGCGGUUCCUGGGGCACCGAAUCCCGGGAUUCCUGGGGCGGCAAAUCCUGGGACUCUGGGGCAGCAAAUCCUGGGACUCUGGGGCAGCGAUUCCUGAGAUUCCUGUGCCACCAUUCACGGGCAGCGAUCCCCGGGCAGCGAUUCCUGCAGUUCCUGGGGCAUCGAAUCCCGGGAUUCCUGGGGCGGCAAAUCCUGGGACUCUGGGGCAGCGAUUCCUGAGAUUUCCGGGCCACCAUUCACGGGCAGCAAUCCCCGGGCAGCGAUUCCCGCGGUUCCCGGGGCACCGAAUCCUGGGGUUCCUGGGGCACCGAAUCCUGGGACUCUGGGGCAGCGAUUCAUGAGAUUUCUGGGCCACCAUUCACGGGCAGCGAUCCCCGGGCACCGAAUUCUGGGAUUCUGGGGCAGCGAUUCUUGGGAUUCCUGGGGCUGCCAUUCCCGGGCAGUGAUUCCCGCCUUUCCUGGGGCACCGAAUCCCAGGAUUCUGGGGCAGAGAUUCCUGAGAUUCCUGGGCCACCAUUCACACAGGCAGCGAUUCUGGGGCCGCAAUUCCCAGGCUGGGAUUCCCGGGUCGCGAUUCUGGGACAGCGAUUCCCGGGGCCACCGUUCCUGGGGCCACCAUUCCCGGGUCGUGGUUCCGGGGCCGCGAUUCCUGGGCUGGGAUUCUGAGACAGCAAUUCCCAGGCUGGGAUUCCGGGGCUGUAAUUCUGGGACAGCGAUUCUGGAGCUGUGAUUCUGGGACAGCGAUUCCGGGGCUGUGAUUCUGGGACAGCAAUUCUGGGACAGCGAUUCCCGGGAUUCCUGGGCCUCCAUUCCCUGGCAGAGAUUCCCAGCCUGCGAUUCCCUGGCCACGAUUCUGGGGUGGCGAUUCCCGGACAGAGAUUCCCGAGA